UUCAGUUUAGUUAACUUAGAAUGUAUUUGGUUAUUUUAGGAGAUCAGUCCAAAGCACAUUCCUCAAUGUACGGGCGACUAGUCACCCAAGAUCAGCUAGCUGCCAUGGGAACAGGGACUCAGAGUUCGGGACAGAAUGAACUGGUCACCUUACAGUCCCGAAUUCCCUAUAAAAACAGAGACCCGAGCACAGCUCCCUUGAGAAAACUUAGCGUCGAUCUCAUUAAAACUUAUAAGCAUAUAAAUGAGGUUUACUACGCUAAGAAAAAGCGGCGAGCACAACAAACACAGGGAGACGAUUCUAGCCACAAAAAAGAACGUAAGCUGUAUAAUGAUGGAUAUGAUGAUGAUAAUCAUGAUUAUAUCAUCAGACAUGGAGAAAAGUUCAUUGAUCGAUAUGAAAUUGAUUCUCUCAUCGGAAAAGGCUCGUUUGGUCAGGUGGUAAAAGCAUAUGAUCAUGAGGAUCAGUGCCAUGUUGCAAUUAAAAUUAUCAAAAACAAGAAACCGUUUCUGAACCAAGCUCAGAUCGAAGUCAAACUCUUAGAACUAAUGAACAGUUAUAAAGGCAAGGAUGGGUACUGCCAAAUGGGAAAAGAUAAAAUAGUAAAACUCAAAGGCAACUUCAUGUGGCGGAAUCAUCUCUGUCUGGUUUUUGAAUUACUCUCUUACAACCUCUACGACCUAUUGCGAAACACAACUUUUCGUGGAGUAUCACUUAAUCUCACUCGCAAGUUUGCCCAACAGAUGUGUACGGCUCUGGUGUUUCUGUCCAAUACCGAUAUCAACAUUAUUCAUUGUGAUCUGAAGCCAGAAAACAUCCUGUUGUGUAAUCCUAAACGUAGUGCCAUCAAGAUAGUGGAUUUUGGCAGCUCGUGUCAACUAGGACAAAGAAUAUACCAGUAUAUCCAAAGUAGAUUUUACCGUUCACCAGAAGUCCUCUUGGGUAUACCUUAUGAUAUGGCCAUUGACAUGUGGAGUCUCGGGUGCAUCUUAGUAGAGAUGCAUACAGGAGAGCCCUUGUUUAGUGGAGCCAAUGAGGUUGAUCAGAUGAACAAAAUUGUAGAAGUACUUGGAAUACCUCCAACGAAUAUGCUUGAACUAGCCCAUAAGGCACGUAAAUACUUUGACAAACUUCCAGAUGGGACUUAUGUUCUAAAGAAGACUAAAGAUUUGAAAAAAUACAAGGCUCCAGGAUCAAGAAAGUUACAUGACAUUUUGGGCUGUGAAACUGGUGGACCUGGAAGUCGAAGACUUGGUGAACCCGGUCAUACGACUCCUGACUAUUUAAAAUUUAAGGACCUAGUCUUACAAAUGUUGGAAUAUGACCCAAAGACACGCAUCACUCCUUAUCAGUGUCUUCAGCAUAGUUUCUUCAAACGAACAACAGAUGAAAGCACCAACACAUCUCAUGGCAGUAACUCGUGUCCUGUCAUGGAUCAGGUCACAAGAAAUAGUCCUGGAUUUGGACCUGCAGGAACAGGAGGAGGUGGAUCGGGAUCCAGUUCCAGAAGUUCUAGUUCAUCUGCAAACCAUACCAGUGGACGAGCACGUUCGGAUCCAACUCAUCAGCAUGUACAUGGACAACUUCAACAUAGUUACACCCAGACUUCUGGAUCACAUGCUGCAGUACACUUUGGUAGUAUUGCUUCUGUUGCCUCUGCCAUGGACUGUGUUAGUCCCAUCAGUUUGGGACUGCCAAAAGGUCUUGCUUGGGUAUCUUCCUCUGGACUUGUAGGAAAUCCACCUGUAACAGUAGUUUCUGCACCAACAAUAGCUGCUGCAGGAGCAGGGUCUGUUGCCAUUGGUCAGCACUUACACUCUAGUGCUUCAUCAAGUGGUCAUGGUGGUACAGGACAUUCACACAUUCAUGGACAUAGUCACAGGUUUCGAGGACAUCACCAUGCCACUCCCCAUCAGUCACAGGGGCAAGGCACGACAUCACACGUAGUCAUGGGGCUAGACCCUCUUCAGUCCUACCAUUCCCAAGCAAGCUUAAGCAUUGCCUCCACCAGAGGGAGCCAUGCAUCAUCAUCUGCUGUGUCUUCCGAUAUUGUGCCCAUGGACUUCAAUAUGUUUACACACUCAGUGCCCACAUCUUUAGACUGUACACAGACCGGUUCAGUGAACAUGCAGCUAGGAAGCUAUCAGGUCCUACCACUGUCGGGGGGUGUGUACAGAGGACAAAUGGUACCUCAACCAGGCUUUCAGUCGACAAACUUAUCACAUUAUGGUGUUACCCCUUCCUCAGGUCCCUCGACACAACCUUCCAGUCUAUCAUCGACGGAGAUUCCAAGACAGAGCUCGGGGAGUGAGGAAUCUCCAAUGGUUGGUGUAUGUGUGGAACAGUCACCUGUCCCAAGUCACUGACAACUAGUUGUGCUUAGUAAUAAUUUUACCAAUAAGUAAAAGUGGUGUGCUUGAUUUGCUGUGAGACAGUGUUUAGAUGUGGUUUGGACAAGAGACAAAAAGCCUGACUGUGAUCUCUCUGACCAUUCUGAUUGUAUGGUGAACAUUUAGUAAAUUUAAUGUCAGUACUCAAGCAUGGAAUACUUCCUCCAUGUGGAUCUACCAACUGAUGUGUUACAGACAAUGCAAUUUAAGGUGUUCUUAAGAGAUACGAAAUACAAUUUAUUCAUCUAGUUUGUUUUUUAUCAUUUAACCAAACCAAGUCAAUUACUAGUACUCAGAAUCUGGUCUCCGAGUUCUCCUUCGUGUGAACAGUACUAAAUAUUUAGUGACAUGAUAUUUUCGUCUUCAGUUUCUAAAGUUUUAUGGGGUUUUGAUUUUGACUGAAAAUAAUAUCUAGAUGAAUUCUCAUUCUUGGCAGCAUCAAUCUGCCUGUAAAAGGACUGAAAUACUGUUGUAAAUAUAACAUACUGAUAUAUUGAUUACUAUUUAUUGUUCCUCAUGUGGGAAAAAGCUGCCACACAAGCCUCAGCUAAGCAGGACGGAGAAUGUAACUUUAUUCACCUAGAUUUCAGCAACUAGAAUUGUAAAUAUUCCUCCACAGGUUUUGUGUGGUUAUCUUCCAGUCAGGUCCUAUCUAGAUUCACUGAACUGAGUGAAUAGCCUUUCCCUUCCUUUGAUUUCAGAUGUACAUAUAUAAAUAAGUAUAUAUAUCUGUUGUCACAGACACCUUGUUAAUCAGCCAAAUUUCACUCGGCAUCGUUACAUCGGUUUUUGGAGAUUUUAAUUAGUCAUUGGUAUCACUCUGCUAAGUAGCAAACCAGUCAAGUUAGGAUAUCAUCAGAAGGUUAAGCACACAAUUCAGUUAACUUAUGUUCCAUUCCACACCAUCCUAUCUGUUACUAUUUUGUUAAGACCUUCCACAGUCCUGAUAAAAGACAAAGGUUUCGUCCUCUGCAGACUUAGUAAAGCUUGUUUGUGUGGCAGUGUUCCAACAAACCUAAUCCACAGAUAGUUAUCUUUAGUUAUAGCAGCAAUCUACUAUCUUAUGUGUUUUUAUCUUUUAAUUACGAUUUUUACUAUUAGUUCUGAAUCUGCUUUUACUGUUACAGUGUGGUCACAUUUGCUGAAAGCUAAGGAAACAAAAGAGAGAAACCAAUAUUUCUGUUCCCUCUUUGUGCCAAUGUUGAGAGUGAAAAUUUUUAGAAGUGGCAAAGUAUUUUAGUUCCUAUCCUGAACCCACCUGUUGAGGCUUUUUUAUGUCAAAACAAUUGCGUUUUAUUUAGUACAGUUUUAGCCUGUGACAUUUUUAAUCUGUUCUUGCCCUGGUGAGCAGGCCAGAUGUAACUUUUAAUUCUGUGAAUGUUUGUGGCCCUCGUUUCCCACAUGCAGGUAGUGCAGAUGUAUUCAUCGUUAAGUAAAUACAUUGUCUAAAACUAAA